UGCCGAGGUUACUGCAGUGCCGUGUCGCCUCCGCCCGGGCCACACGCGGCCGCUCGUUCCGUGCUCAAACAGCCGAGUCCUCACGACGACGCGCGCGGACGCUCUCGGUCGAAGUCCUGUUGGUGCGACUUGUGGAAACACGGUGUUGUUAUGUUAUCUUAAGAGUGCUCGGCGAAAGUGAUAUCGUUGUUAGUGUUGAUACGUGAUAGUGAGUUGUUCGUAGUUUAAACGGACGAUGUGCAAAGUUGCGGUAAGUUCUUCAAGCAGAGGAAGUGCGGGCGAGAGCAGGCGCGAAGUGAGCGGGAGGAGGCAGGAGGGCGCAGUGUGAGGGCGUCGCGAUGGGGCUCACGGAGAGCAACCAGAGCAAGGGCGGCGGCGGCGGCGGCUGGGGGCCCAGCAAGUCCCGCAGUACCCCGCACUUCCCCGACACGCGCGGCUACCCGGGCCGCCCGCGCCAGGCCGCCACCCUGCCCGCGCGCCCCACGCCCGAGUCGGGCCAACCCCCGCCCUACGCCCCGCGCACCCCGUCCCACGACCCGCAGCCCAUGGGCCACGACCCGCGCCCGCCGGAGAGGGCCUGCCACCGGGAGGACUACGCCCACGCCGGCCGCAGCCCCUGCCUCCGUCCCGCGCCGCCUCGCCGCUCCGCCUCGGCCGACAGCAGGAAGCGGCGCUCCGAUCCCCUGCUGGACGCGCGGACGCUGAGGCAGCUGCCGCAGCUGGCGCCCCUCCAGCGCGACUACAGCCCCAUGUCGUCGUCGCCCCACACGCCCGUGACGCCGCCCUCCACGCCGCGCCUGGUCCACCGCCCGCGGCCCACGGCCAUCUACCUGGCGGACGACCAAGCCGUCCAUCUGGUCAAGCAGAGGGAGGGGCGCUCCAGGGACCGCUCGCGGGACCGGGGGCACCACGGGCGGGGCCCCUCCGGCGGGCGGCGCAGCCGGGCGGCGGAGGAGCGGCGCGACCGCAGCCAGGGCUCGGGCGAGCGGCGUCCGCGCGCCACGCACGUGACCACGCUCACGCUCACGCCGCAGUACCCUGGCGACUCCCGGCCACAGACGCCCAUGAGCGACUGCCAGCCGCGCCCGGGGCAUCACCGCCGCAGGAAGGGAGGCAAGAAGCCUCGGGCGCGGACGGCGGACGUCGGCUCGACGGAACGGCUUCAGAGCGACCCGUACGUGUGCCUUCACUACGGGGGCUCCCCGAAGGACUCGCAGGGCCCGCAGGCGCAGCAGAUGACGGCGUGGCGCAGCGAGUACGAGCAGCCAGGUGUGCCCAACAGCCAGGUGUCGCAGGUCGUGAUCCGGAUGAACCAGGUGUCGGACGCGACGCUGGACAACUUCGACGCGGUCAACGCCAACGUGGAGAGCGUGCAGAUGCGGAGAAACGUUUGGUUCCACUCGAACUGCGCGGCGGACACGCAGGGCGACGCCAAGAAGAGAUCCUCCGCGAGGACGAACACGACGGCGUCCGUGUGCGAGAACUCCUGCUUCUGGGACGGCGAGCAGGACCUGAUCCAGUGGCCGGACGUGACGAGCAAGGUGUCGUCCGUGUACAUGCGGCCCGAGAUGCACAUCGCGGCCGUGUCGUGCAUCGGGGAGGAGCAGAAGGUCACGGUGUACAGCAGCGAGGGCAAUGGCGGGGGGCACAGGCACUCGCCCGGCAGUGCCACGCCGUCCCACAGGCACAGGAGCAAAGGCUCGCGCUCGUCGUCCAGAGACAAGUUCUCGCAGAACGGCGGCGGCGACUACGUCAGCAUCGCGCCCCGGGCUGAGCAGAUGGCGGAGAGGCCCAACCAGAAGGCGCUGGAGGAAGAGGGCGUGGCCCGCCACUUCAACAUCUACGACGACAGGAGGAACUAUUCGCGAGCGCCAGGAAGGAGAAAGAAGACGCCCUCAGGAACGAGAAGAAGCGAGGAUGCUCCUGCGGGCGAGGGAGGCCCGAGUUCGCCCUCCUACACCUUCGUGACGGACGCGCACGCGAGCAGACGGACUAGACCCGAACAGGAACUGAAUUCCGCAGGCGACGCCCCGCCUCUGCCGCCGCGGAAGGGCCAGAGGGCGGAGCGCGAGGCGGAAGGCGCCCCGGGCAGGGCUGUGGUGGAGGUCAAGUUUGGACUCCAAAAUCACGUGGAGGAUUUCACCAUCAUCGAGGCCGCGAGGGACGAGGGCCGCUACUAUGGCUGCGGGGACAGUGACGCGGGCGAAGGGGAGGGCGAGAGGGCGCCUGGGACUGCCAGCUAUGGGGGAUGCUCCCCGCCCCCUCUCCAAGGUGCUCACCCAGCUGAUACGAGAAAUACGGCGGAAUGCAGAGGCGCAGGCGAUAACACAUCCACGUUCUGUGAUAAAGUAGAUAACGACACUACUACCGAUAGCAAUUCCCGCGGGAUAGACAGUUGGUUAUCGUCGCCAGGAUACCAUGGCGAGACAUCUGAAGGUGCCUCGACGGAAGACGUGAUGCCAGCCCCUGGUGACAGAGUCCCCGACCCCCCCUCGCGGAGUCCGUGCCAGGAGGGGGGGCAGGACGCCAUAGGGGCCGGCUCUUCAGUGUACGAUGUUCGCUCACGGCCUAACGAGCCCAGGAAAGCGGUCAAAACGGGAGCCAUGUUUAGUAAAGACUCUCGCGGAUUCUCAGAGUCAGGCGGAAGCUACAGGCCAGACACCUUGUCCGGUUCCCCCAGUGCGUUAUUGUUCAGCCACAAGUGCCUCAACCAAUCCACGACGCUGCCGCGGAGACAGAGUGCUCUGGGCCGCGUCGCCGACUCAGGGACAAGUGACGGAGGAAUGAAGGCUUUCAGAAACAGAUUUAGAAGUUUCGACGCAGGCCAAUUCCCCGUGCUGCGGCUGCCCCUGGGGAACCAGCCCAAGCUCGUUGAUGUGCUGCGAGCCUGCGCCUCCAAGGAGGGGUCCCCGCCCCCCGCGCUGGAUUCCCACCAAGGGGGGUCCGUGGACUCGCUCCCCCGGCCGGACCACGCGGAUGGCCGAAGGCAGUCCAAGGCAGAAUCCAUUGACCAUUUCUAUGUUGACACCCUGUGCGAUGACGUCACGUCUUGGCCCCAGUGCCACGACGCCGCGGGUGCCAAGGCGCCCCCUCAGGGUCCGGAUGCUGUGCUACAGGGUGAACCGUCCAUGGAGGGGCUCGGCGAAGCGGCAGCCGGCGACAUGAGAAACAUUCCACAUCUGCCUUUUAAGAAAGCGUUUGGUGCGUGCGAGACGCGCGACGCCUCGUCCACGUGGGGGGCCUCGAACGGGCGGCUGGAGCAGAGGAGCGCUCGCACGUGGCACUCGCUCGGGAGGCCGACGGGGAGGCCGACCGAGGGGCUCCUCCACGAGCCCCUCUGCCCUCGAGAUAGCGUCGCCUCUCUCAGGGAAGUGCCCGAGGCCGGCCUAGGGCCCGCUGGCACUCGGGGCGAAGAAGAACACCAGGCCGGGCACGCUCAGGCCCCACACGCUCUCCCGCACCUGGCGCGACACGGCAGAAAGCGCACGCCGGCCCGCCCCAGCGUCAGGGCCAUCGCCUGGGACACGCCCGCCGCCACGCCCGCCGCCACGCCCGCCGCCACGCCCACCGCCACGCCCGGAGCUCUGGCAGACUGCAGCUACACGUGCCACGAGCAGUGCCAGGACCUCGUGACCUUAGACUGCAAGGCUGACCUGACCCCGGACUCGAACACAAGCCACGAGGAACUGUACGUGGAGAGCGCAGAGGAACCCGAGCCCGAGGAGGAGGACGAGGAGGAGGCAUGUUCGAGGGUGGAGGAGGUGAAGGUGGAGGUGGAGGAAGAGGAGGAGGAACAGGAGGAAGAAGAGGAGGAGGAGGAGGAGGAGGAGAAGGUGCAGGAGGAACAGGAGGAGAAGCACGAGGAGGAGCAGCAGGAGAAGGAGCUGAAGGAUGAGCUGAUUCCUUUCAAGAAGUCUGAGGAGGUGUCAACUUUGCGAAAAACCGUGAGCAGUUUGCAGUCGCAUUUAGUGGACAACGAUACCCUGGAAGAGUGGGUAGAGCGCUACAAUGCCACAGCCCAGGGAUUGCAGAUAGCCAAGGAGAGCGAUGGGAGUUACCGUGGCUGUGUCCGAGUUCACCUAAACCUCAGCCGACCGAUCAACAUAGUCGCUGGCACAAGACCGCCAUCCAUCUACGACAUCCUCAGGAAGACCGAACAAUGGAGAAGACUUUGACCUCAUUCUACAUGCCCAGGGAUGCAGUAAAGGCUAUUCAUAUCACAAGUAAAACUACAACAAGAGAGGUGAUUGUAGCACUACUGAGAAAGUUCAAAGUUGUUGACAAUCCACAAAAGUUUGCCCUGUACGAGAGGAAUAUUGACUCAGCACAGUCAGGAAAAG